CCGCUAGGCGCUAGGUCACGAGUGAACGCAAGUAAGUGAAUUGCAUUUCAUACAAAAUACUGAAUUAAAUUACGGAUUCGUUUCGUGUGACUUUAAUUACAGUUAAGUUACAACAAUGAUAACUGCAGUGAACGAGUUUUUAGAUGACCUUCGCGGUGGCAGAAUGGCAGAAACACCAAUAGUCAGAGUUGAGCAGGGCCAGGUGCAGGGCCGCGUCGUCAACGGGCCCUCGGGGAAGGCUUUUUACAACUUUCAGGGGAUCCCUUAUGCUAAACCUCCACUAGGAUCCCUGAGGUUUAAGGCCCCCCAACCCCCAGAACCAUGGGAAGGCAUCCGCGAAGCUACCUCCGAAGGCAACCAGAGCGCACAGAUAGACCCUCAAUCCGGCGAGUACCUCGGAGACGAGAACUGCCUCUACCUCAACAUAUACACCCCCAACCUCGACGGCGCCUUCCUACCCGUCAUGGUAUUCAUCCACGGCGGCGGAUUCAGGUUUGGUUCAUCCAGUAGCUCCGUCUACGGCGGAGAUUAUCUCGUAGAAAAAGAUGUAGUCGUAGUCACUUUGAACUACAGAUGCGGAGUGCUUGGGUUCUUGAGCUUGAACACCCCUGAGAUCCCCGGUAACGCUGGUUUGAAGGACAUAGUCCAAGCUCUGAGGUGGAUCAAGAGUAAUAUUGAACAUUUUGGAGGAAACUCUGGGAAUAUUACCGUUUUUGGUGAAAGCGCUGGUGGUGCAGCCGUGUCCUUGUUGACAGCUAGCCCCUUGACUAAAAACAUGAUCAGUAAGGCUAUUGUCCAGUCGGGAACUGCUGUUAGCAAUUACGUUAUCCAGCAGACUCCUAUAGAAAGCGCGAAAACUCUUGCGCAAGCUCUAGGAUGUGAAUCGAGCGAUCCUGAAGAAAUUCUAGACUUCUUAAAUGCAACUUCAGCUCGAGACCUCGUCACAACACAAGCUAAGAUCAACCCAUUCGAUUCCUUCCCUGAAGUACCAAAUCUCUUCACUGCCGUCGUUGAGAAAGAGUUCCCAGGCGUUGAAGCGUUCAUUACAGAGCCAUUUAUCGACUUGCUAACAUCAGGUCGGGUCGCUGAAAUACCAAUCAUGAUUGGUGCGGUAUCCUUAGAAUUUACAACGGAACGUAGGAACGAAGAUCUACAAGUUUUCAUUCCUAAGGAGCUUAACAUUGAGAGAAACUCGGCAGAAGCAUUGGCUAUUACAGAAAAAAUCAAAGAGCUAUACUUCAAAGGCAAGAAACACACUGAUGUCGAAAGCCUGAACGAAUAUUUCGAGCUUUUCUCCGAUUUCGCGAUCAACAUUGAUACACACAGACACAUUCAGAACUUGGUUAAAGUUAGCAACAAGCCUAUUUACUUCUACCGGUUUGACUAUGUUGGCGAGUUGAAUUAUGCCCAGAAACUUGUGAACAGCCUUGGUUUGAACCGAGCUACUCAUAUGGAUGAGUUGGGGUAUCUCUUCAAGAAUGAUCUUCAGCAGAAUGUGACUCCGAGUAACCAGGAUAUUAAGACGAGGGAGCGAAUGCUGAGACUCUGGACUAACUUUGCUAAGAGCGGUAACCCAACACCCGACGAAAACCACUACCUAACCGUCACCUGGUUGCCAGUAACCAAGGACAACCUCUACUACCUCAACAUAGGCAACGAGCUCUCCUUAGCAACCAACCCUGAUAAAGAGAAGAUGGAAUUCUGGGACGAUCUCUACAGCAAGCAUUACCGCGUUUGGGACCAAAAAUCUAACACUCAAGUCCCCGAACCGAAAAUAGUUGAAACUGUCACUGAAAGCGUGUCCGUAGUCGAAUCCAGUGAAUUUUCUGAGUCAAGAACAGUCAUAGUCACUGAAUCCAGUGAAAUUAUCGAAUCCAGCGAGGUUACAACUGAAACUGAAGUUUCGACUAACGAAGUUGUUGAAGACGUCGCUGAAAACAACGAAGGCAAUGUUGAAGUCGUUGAAUACAACGUUGAAAUCGUCGAGAACAAUGGCAAAGUCGCUGAGGAGUCCAAUGAAGUUGAUAACGCCGUACAUGUGGUUGAAUCACCACCAUCACCAGUUGCUGAAGUUACUAAGAAUGGUGAUGAUCAUUCGGUUGAGAUCAACGGUGAUCGUCCGAAGCCGCGUCUUUCGAACGAAAUCAAAAUGGUUACUCGUUCAAACGGUGCACCCAAAGAUGUGAUCAGAGCUAACGAUCCGCCAGAAGAUGAUUUACCUAAAAAUAUUGGAGUCAACAAGUUCGUGAAUUUCUUUGAGUCCCUUGGAGGCAAAAAGUAAGUUUUAAAAAACCUUUUUUGAGUAUGAGGUCAAUUUUUUCGUAAGCUGGUUCUUUUAGUUGACGACGUACGUAUUUGAAAUGUUUUUUUGCAUUAAAUUACAUUCCAUUUUGAAAAACAUUAUUAUAUCAGUUAACAGACAUUUUUAUAGUUGUAUGAAAACAUUAAAAAAUCUUUAAAAAGUUUGCAUAUUCCAUACCAAAUUUUAUCAAUACAGUUCGAGGUAUUUAAGCAAGAGGUGUCAAAUAUACAACCUCAAAAACUUUAACCUUAGCAAAAAAAACUUAAGGAUAAAAUCAAAUUCACCUAAAAAAACUUGGUGAAACGAAAUUAGUCUGUAGAUAUUAGUCACUAAUCUAGUUUCUAAUUUUACAGUAUUUAUUUGCAUUCCAUUUUAAUUUUAAGAUUGUAUCAACCAACAUACAUAUUUAUAAAUCAUUUUGCUCAGAAGCCAUUCCUGUUUUACAUUCUAAUAAUAAUUAUUCUUAUGUAUUACUUGAUAAACCAUUGAAAAGUUGCAAAUGACCUUGAAUUCAUCAAAAAUGCAAUUUUUUGUCUGUUAAUUAUCCGACCAUCCCAUAACCACUUUUUUGCUCGGUGAACAAUUUAUUUCAAUUUUAAAUCCCCUUUACAAGAUGGCGGAUUUUGAAAAAGGCUGGCAACCAACCCACAAACUCGAUUUAAAGCUUACUACUAUGAUACCCUAUGCAUCUUUGAAAGAAAUUAUUGUCUUUGAUAAAUGCAAAACUAGGCCGUUUUUGUAACUUUUCAAUGAACUUUAAUUCGUAUUCAACAUCGUAAUUAAAUGUCACCUUUAAGUGUCAUUCUAUCUUUGUCAAAUGGAAUGUAUAGACAGAGAGACAUUUAAAAAGUCACUUGUCUCUGUCGCUCUUGAAUACGUCUGUACUAUAUUCUUGGAUGAUUGUGUAAUAACAGAUGUACAGGCUGAAAGCAUUACUCUUCUGAUGCAGUCGGGUAAUGUGUAAAUGGUGGUCCAAAGGCCGAGACUGAAA